AUGCGAUGCCUAUACGUCAUCGAGAAGGGCAACUGUUCUGAUAAGCUAUUGAGGGCUGAGCAGUUUGCCAUGGAUUUGGCUGAGUGUAACAACGAGUUUUGCAGGUAUGCGUUCGACAGAAACUUGAAGAAGUGUGUGACGUUCAUGUUUAGCGGUUGUGGCGGAAAUACGAAUCGAUAUCCCACUCUUCAGCGUUGUCAAAGAACGUGCUUGAAAGGGAUUCGAGACCUCAUCUAG